UGUGUGCAUUAAAAUCAAAGCGAGGUAACUCGCUCAUUACUCGCACCGAGAUGUCUCGUACACAAUUUUGCAAGAGUGCAGACAACAAUUAGUUGAUAAAACCGAUAUAUUCUCAAGAAGUUAGCCUAUUGUAGUGCAAGAAAGAUGAAGCUGUCUGUUUAUAAUGAAAUCAUUCAUUUGAUGCACAUGUACAAAACAAGAGAUUCUUUACCACUGAUAGGAGAGAAAUUUCCAAGUGUUAGCCUUAAUGCUCUGGGUAGCAUAUUUUCACAGGACUACCAGAAAAAGAUGAGGAAAACCCAUUAUAUACAUUAUAGCCCUGAAGCUGUAAAUAGAUACUAUGACAGUUUUAUGCAAGGAUUACAGAAUGGGAAGAGAAAUAUACUGAUCGGUCUAUCUGAGGAGCUUGAUCUGUCACCUGCAUUGUUGGGAAGAAUAAUUCUGGAACGCUAUUUAUCAAAUACAAAAUACAAUGGUGAACCACCUCCAAAAACUGUUGUCACUCAGUUAAUGAAGGAACCUUCACUUAUUGAACAACCUAAUCUUGCUGUGGAAAUUCACCAGUGUAUUUUAGGGGAUGAUCACUAUGGGCCAUUGUGUGACAGCAUAAAACAUUCAAUUGGUCAUGAAUAUGAGUUCAAAUUAAAUAAUACACUAGACAGAAUGGGGAUAGCUUAUAUUGGUGAAGAUCAGAUGAGAUUAAAAGGUUAUGACAAAACUCCGGAUGUGAAGUUAGAGGUGCCAAUAGCUGUGGAUGGACAUGUGGUUAAUUGGAUAGAAAGUAAAGCCUCAUUUGGAGACGAACAAAGUCAUAAAACUUACCUCAAAGAUCAGUUUUGGAGUUACUGGAAUAGGUUUGGACCAGGAAUGGUUAUUUACUGGUUUGGUUUUAUAGAUGAACUGGACAUCAAUCAAGAAAAAGGAAUUAUUUUAAGAGACCAUUUUCCAGAACAGAUAGUUAAAAUGGAUCCAAGUAUAAAAUAGCAAAAUGAAAAAAACGGAUAAUUAAUUAGGAUGAAACAUUUCGGAGGGGAUUUAGAGAUAAAUGUGCAAUGUGAACACAGCCAUAGAGGAGUAAUAAACAUGUGCUGAUGUUAAAUAUUUAAAGAAAGAAAGUGAGGUUUACUUACUAUGUGAAAUUGUAAACUUACUUAACUUUCUGGUGCUAUAUAAUAUACAUGUACAGUGUAGGGUUAGUAUUUAAAAUGACUUGUCCAAAAUUUGCAGAUAUUGCAUUUUUGAAUGAGUUCAUACUUUCUUGUUAUUUUCACUGUAAAAAGACUGUGUUUACAAAUAUGAUUGGCAGGUGAUAGGGAAAAAAUUGACAUGGUUUUGUUAUUAAUGGUGUUCCAAUCUGACAAAAGGAUAAGUAUAUAAAAGGGAAAUAUUGAAUGUUGUAAAUGCUGUACAAGUAAUUCUAAUAAACUAAUAAAUUAUUUUUCAUCGAAAAUUCUGCACCAUCUUAAUGUAACUGUAUACAUGUAAAUGGAACCUAAGGACCAUUACAUUCUCUUCUGGUGCUAAUAAACCAUACAGAAAUGAGUAAGAUAUAAACAUUUUUAUCAAUGGUGAUAGGUCCAAUUUCAGAAAUGUUCAACUUCACCACUGUAAAUAACUUUGUUUACUAUGGGAUAGUAAUAUGCAAUUUAUUGGCAUAAUUAAAUUAUGUAGGGUGGUUUUAUAUGACAAAAAACAUUGGUGUAAUGGGAGGGAAAACAAUGCUGACUGCUGUAUACAAAAAAGUAACAUGUAAUUAUAAUAAAU